CAAGAGUGCCUUGUCGAGAGCAGAGCUAGCGCCAGCACAGCAAACAUCUCCACCAUGUUCUCACAAGCAACACGUUCGCUGCUCCGCGCAGCCCCUGUGGCACGCAACUCCGUCUCAAUGUGCGCGCGCACCGCCUUCAGCACUUUCUCGGCCAACUCGCUCAUCUCGAGAAUGUCGCAAAUGUCACUCGCUAGACCCGUCGCAUCACCCACAAAGAGCCUGGUUGCUUUCCAACAGACACGAGGAAUGAAGGUCCGAAGUUCGGUCAAGAAGCUGUGUGAUGGUUGCAAGAGUGUGCGUAGAAAGGGUGGCAAAUAUGUCUACAUUAUCUGCAGCAAGAACCCCAAGCACAAGCAGAGACAAGGUUGAUUGAAGAAGAGAAGAGAAGAAAGACUACACUGUACAACAACUGGCAUACCCUUUUCUGCAUAUCUGGUGGCGGCGUUCUAAAUGGAUCACGAAUGGACUUUAUACCCUUUACCUCAAUCCCUAUACCGUGCCAUGCUGUGAUGCUCUUCAAACUACCGGUGGAACCUCUGUAGAUUGCUCCUGCUCUAGCUCAGUGAGCUCGGUGUAUCACAUAUCAUCUCGAAGAUAUCUGGCCCAAAACAGAGGUCCUACUGGGGUGUCCGACCACUCCUUCACUUCUCACCGAACAACACCCUCCCAUAUAUUGAGCCAAACCCUCCUAUA